AUGUCGAUACCACCAUCCAAGGGAAUUCAUGCACCAAGAGCUCGAAAUUAUCAACAAAAACAUCAGGCUAACGAUAAAAUUGAAACGUAUGCUGAUAUUUACUUCAAAGAUCAUCCAGAUGCGAUUAUAGACACAGAUCCUCCUGAAGUUAAGCUAAAAAAGCUUGAAGAGAAGCUUGGAUCAUUUGAUUUAGAAAUGAAUGAAAGAUUUCACGUUCUUAUCCAACAAAAAUCUAUGAUCUACAUUUUAUACGGUGAAAAAUCCGUCGAAUCUCUUAAAAUACAUGCAAAAAUAGGACAAUUAUAUAAUGGAAGUCAUAGACCACAAAGUGCACUUCGUCAUCUCCAAAUAUCUCUUGAUUUAGAAAAAGAAUUUAAUGUUGAUGAAGAAACAGCAUUAUUUGUUGCCGUAGAAGUUGCCGAAGCUCAUUUAUCAAUGAGAACAGACAAUCCAAAUGAUACACAGACUCAUAUAAAGAUUGCAAUGGACGUAUUAAAUCCUCAUCGAAAUGCAGACGUAAAAGACAAUGAACUUAAAUACAGAUGGUAUCUUGUUAAUGCUAGAACAUACUCAGCAUCAAAACAAUACCAAUUAUCUAUGCAACAAUACGACAAUGCCCAGAAAACUUUAGAAAUAAUAGAAAAUCAUACUAACGGAGCCAGAAUGGCAAAAUUGUAUGUUGAAAUGUCAGAAACAGCAUCUAAAAUAGACGAUUUUACUCGAAUGACAGAAUGCACUGGAAAUGCAUACGAAAUUUUCAUGAAACUUGGAAUGCAAGCUUCUGCUUCGCUUAUCAGAUCAAAAGUUUCAUCAGAUAAAGUGAAAGAAGUUGAAGAUAAAUACGGAACUUUAGAAUCUGAUGAAACUAAUAUGGAUUACAUGGCAGAUAUCCCUCCAUUGUAA